AUGGUGGUGGUGGUGGCGGCGAUGAUGGUGGUGGUAGGGGCGGAGGCGCAGCUGCAGUACGGGUUCUACAACGCGUCGUGCCCAGGGGUGGAGGAGAUGGUGCGCGCGGAGCUCAAGUCCAUCUUCGCCAACGACACGACGCUGCGCGCGGGCCUCCUCCGCCUCCACUUCCACGACUGCUUCGUCCGCGGCUGCGACGCCUCCCUCAUGCUCAACUCCCACAACUCCACCGCCGAGAAGGACGCCGACCCCAACCUCACCGUCCGCGGCUACGAGGCCAUCGAGGCCGUCAAGGCCAAGGUCGAGGCCGCCUGCCCCCUCCUCGUCUCCUGUGCCGACAUCAUGGCCAUGGCCGCCCGCGACGCCGUCUACUUCAGCGAUGGCCCCCUGUACCAGGUGGAGACCGGACGCCGCGACGGCAACGUGUCCAAACUGGCGGAGGCGCUCCGCGACCUGCCGCCGUCCGACGGCAACGUCACCGUGCUCACCCACUACUUCGGCGUCAAGAACCUCACCUUCAAGGACAUGGUCGUCCUCUCCGCCGCGCACACCUUGGGCGUCGCCCACUGCUCCUCCUUCUCCAAGCGGCUCUACAACUUCACCGGCGCCGGCGACCAGGACCCGUCGCUGGACCCGGCGUACGCCAAGCAGCUGGCGGCGGUGUGCAAGCCCGGGAAACUGGCCAGCGUGGAGCCCAUGGACCCUCUGACGCCGGUCAAGUUCGACAACGGCUACUACAAGUCGGUGGCGGCGCACCAGGCGCUGCUCGGCUCCGACGCCGCCCUACUCGACGACAGCCUCGCCGGCGCCUACGUCCGCCUCAUGACCAACGACACCAACCUCAACACCUUCUUCGCCGACUUCGCCGUCUCCAUGGUCAACAUGGGCAGGGUCGGCGUCCUCACCGGCACCGACGGCCAGAUCAGAGCCACCUGCGGCAUCUACGUCGACUGAUCCUCCCAUCAAUUAAUCAAAGAUUGAUUGGAAUUGGAUUGAUUCAUUUCUCUUUUAGCCAAUCCACCAUUGACGUACGUCGUGUUCUGGCGCUCGACGAUCAUCAUUAUUAUUUGUGCCUCGAUCUCUUGUUUUGCCGGAUUUCUACUUUUAAAAGUCUAAAGACAUUUUGGAACGUAUUAGUUGGUUCCACGUUUGUUGGUAAUCGAUUUUAAUUUCCCGGAUUUCUAUAUUGU